UGCAAAUGUGUUCACAUAAAAGUCAGAUCCCUGUGCAGCUUCAUGCAAUCGUGUUUACAUAAAAGUCAGACCCCUGCAGUGCAGCUUCAUGAAGCAUAUCUCUAGGAACGAAAAGAAUGGUUUUACACCUGUUUACAACAUUGGAGAUUGUGUUAUUAGUACUAAGUUCAGCCCCGGAAGCAAGAAGUCAAGAAAAUGAAACUAUAGGAAUAGAAAAUAACCUGCAAGAAACAUUAUUUAAAACUUACAACAGGUACACGAAACCUGUCAAGGUGUACCCCAGUAAGUUACCGCUUGGAAUUCGCUUAUAUCUUCUAUCUCUUCAAGAGUUAAAUAUGAAAAUGCAGACUUUACACACAGCAACAUUUUUGGAAGUAAUGUGGACUGACGAAUAUCUUACAUGGAAUUUGAGUGACUUUUCCAACAUACAGUAUCUCCGACUACCUGCGGACAAAGUCUGGGUUCCAUCCAUUUGUAAUAUUCAGGAAAUCUCUGGGAAAAGAUGUUUGACAUACGGAUCCGUUGCAGAUACAAGUAGUGAAGUUUUGGUAAAUAGUUUCGGAAAGGUUGUUCUUGGAGAAGCAAUUAAAAGCACCAUUUUAUGCAAUUUUAACGCUCAGAAGUUCCCUUUUGACUCUCAGACCUGUAAUUUUGAGUUCUUUUCUUAUUAUAAUUACUUUUUUGGAACGGAUAUUGAUAUCAACCAGUCUAUGUUCCAAGAUGAAUACUUUGCAGAAAAUGAAGAAUGGGACUUAGUGUCAUCAAGUACGAAAAUUUCAAAAAUGGGAUACGAUAACAUGAUCAUCAUGUCAGUUGUAUUAAGAAGAAAACCUUUAUUUCCAACUUUGACACUGGUGGUUCCCAUCAUCGCCUUGUCUAUCAUGAAUGUUUUCUGCUCUGUGUUGCCUAUCGAAUCUGGAGAAAAGGUAGGAAUGUCUAUGGCUUUAUUUCUGACAUUUGCGGUUUUUGGAAGUAUUCUAAGCGACGAAAUGCCAAAAAACUCCAGAAAUAUUUCUUGGUUCAUGGUGUACGUGACAAUUCAGAUUAUUGUCAGUGGCUUAAACGUCGUCGUUGAAACAAUUGUGUUGCGUUUGUAUUAUUUAGAAAUGAGGAAUAUGACAAUGGAUCCUGUAUUAGUAGAAAUGGCAAGCGACACAGUAACUUCAAUGGAAACCUCUUACAAUAAAUUGAAAAUGAAAACAGACAGCAUCGACCGUACGAGAACACAUCUUACAAGGAAAUGGAAAAACUGGGCAAAGCGUCUUGAUAGAGGCUUCAUGAUCCUUAAUAUAUGCACAAGUGUAAUAUCUUUUUGUGUCUGCGCAUCAAUGAUCAUGAUGAAUUAGAUCUACAAAGUAAUGCCCGAUUUCAUCAAUGUGAUGAUUCACUAAACUCUUCGUAAAAAGUGUGCUUAUUCAAUUUAUUGCUCUCACUAGGACUAAAAACCUUUUAAAUAUUUCAACUGUCUCUUGUAUAUGGAUGUAAAAUAAAGUUGUUUGCUACUUUAUUCCAGACGUCUGCUUAUUUUGGAACCCAUAUAGCGUUAUAUUUACAAAUAUUUCAGAUAAAAAAUGUAUUUCAUCGAUGGAGUUGUA